UGCGCACUGGCACAGAGUCUGUAAUCAAUGCCCAGAUAACCUGUUGAUUGCUGAGGUUCCAAGCCUGCACCGCUCCACAACUUUUGCAUCUCAGAAAAACGGCAUAGAUCCAGAACUCGGAUAAUGCUUAACUGAAGCAUUUUUGAUUAAUCUAGGCUUGCUGAAGAUGGAAAUUAUACUUAAAAAAGAAACAGUAAUAAUAAAUCAGUGGAUUAACCCAUAAUGCAAAUACAAUCUAUAUGUUUGAUGCGCAAAAGUUUUGGACAUCAAUCAGUGAUCAUGACAGACAUGUGAUUUUUAAAAAAAACGCAAGGAUACUACAAACUGACGUUAAUUAUGCUGCUUGCACUGGGAAAAGGACGCUGUCUGACACCCAUCUAUAACGGUCUGUAUUGCCUAUGUAAAACAACAGUGACAUGAGCGGUUCUCAUGUUCCGUGUUGGAAAGGGAUAAGACAAUCCAAACAGAGAUUUUGUUCACGAUGAAAUUCUUGUGCUUGGUAUGUUUAGUUGCUGGAUUUUGGGGAAUUUCUUCAACAAACAGAAACUGUCCAGACCUAAUCAUUGAUAGUUGCCGCUGUACAGCCGAGCGCUCCAAAGUCAAAGAGUUUGGGAGGCAAAUUAUUCGCAUCAAAGUUGUUUGUAACACCGGAGAGUUACUGGAAACUUUACAGCCCAGCUUUUUGCCCAACACGACAGUUUCUCUAAUUCUCAGUAAUAACAAAAUCUCGCUGCUGAAGAAUGGCUCAUUCUUUGGUCUGCGUUCCCUGGAGAGACUAGAUUUGAAGAAUAAUUUAAUUAGUACCAUUGAGCCUGGUGCAUUCCGUGGACUUUCAGAACUGAAGAGGCUGGACCUGUCCAAUAACAGGAUUGGCUGUUUAUCUUCUGAAAUGUUCAGAGACCUCGGCAAGCUAUUCAAACUGAAUUUAUCAGAGAAUAUUUUUUCAACUCUGUCUCAAGGGCUCUUCAUCGAACUGGUAUCGCUUAAAGUCUUGCAUUUUAGCACAGAAUCACUCUUCUGUGACUGUAACCUAAAAUGGUUGUUAGACUGGGCCAGAAACAACGCCGUCCAGAUAGGAAAUGAAACCCUGUGUGUUUACCCGAGCACUUUGCAUGGACUAGAAGUUCGCAGUUUGAGGGAACAACAGCUAAAGUGUGUAGGACCCCUGGAGCUGCCUUUGUUUCAGAUGAUACCAUCCUACAGACAGGUGGUCUUUCAAGGGGAUCGCUUGCCUUUUCAAUGCACUGCCACUUACAUUGACAACACCACCAAGGUCCAGUGGUACCAUGAUGGUAACUUCGUAGAAACCGAGGAAGACAAAGGCAUCUUUGUAGAAGAAAACAUUAUCCACGAUUGUUGUUUAGUUUCAAGUGAGCUGAUCCUGUCCAACAUUGAUGUCGGCUCUUCAGGAGAUUGGGAGUGUCUGGUCGGCAGCUCCCGUGGGAACAUCUCCAAGCGUGUGGAGAUUGUGGUUUUGGAAACAUCAGCGCCAUACUGCCCAGCAGAGUGGGUCACUAACAGUAAAGGGGAAUUCAGGUGGCCAAAGACACUUGCUGGAAUAAAUGCAUCCCUACCGUGUGUGCAGUAUCCGUUUGGCUCUGCUUCACAUCACGGCGCUCUGAAGGAGAGGAGAUCUUGGCGUAUGUGUGACAGGGCUGGACGCUGGGCAGAGGACGAUUAUUCAGAAUGCCCGUAUUCCAUCGAGGUUACUCGUGUGCUUCAUGCAUUCAGUGAGGUGUCGAUCAAUGCCACCAAUGCUCUUGCUUUUGCGCAGCAGCUGAUGGCCUGCACAAGCGGAGCGGCACACUUCGAAGACAUGAUGGAUGUGAUUUUUGUGACACAGAUGAUGGAGAAGCUGAUGUUCUUUGUGGAUCAAAUCAAAGAUCUAGGUGACUACAUAGCUGAUAUCGCCAGUAAUAUGAUGCUGGUGGAUGAACACAUACUGUGGAUGGCACAGAAUGAAGAAAGGGCCUGCACUCGCAUUGUGCAGUGUGUGGAACACAUUGCAGAGUUGGGUCUGACCAGCAAUACUCAAGUUAUCUCAAAGGUUUCUCUUAAUAUAGCUCUGGAGGCCUUUGUGAUCAAACCAGCGAGCUUCACUGGAAUGACGUGCACUGCCUUCCAGAAAGUGCCUCUGAAUUCAGACAGAGCAGUGAGCCGUGACGUGGGUAUGCGGGAUUGGGAGGCAGAUACGCAGCUGAAUUUCAAAUGCAACACGGGCAACCUGAGCAGCUCUCUGGUGAAUUUCCCAGUCAAGAAUACCGUGGCAGUUGCUUCUAUCCAGUUACCACCGAGUGUUACAACAAGCCCACCGGCAUUGCAAUCUGUUGACAGCUACAUUUGCAAGCUCCAGUUUAUUGUCUUUCGAAAUGGGAAACUCUUUCCUAGCACAGGAAAUUCAUCAAAUCUUGCAGAUGACGGAAAACGCAGGAGUGUUUCCACACCAGUUGCUUUCUCCAAAUUAGAUGGGUGCAGCUUGGGGAACCUCUCACAGCCCAUUACUGUUGCUCUUAGGCACUUCGCACAGGGUGUAGACCCAACAGCAGCCUAUUGGGAUUUUGACCUUCUAGAUGGACACGGAGGCUGGAGGGCAGAAGGGUGCCACAUAACUGCUUCUGCGGGCAAUAUCAGCACCAUUCAUUGCACACACUACAAUAAUUUUGCUGUACUAAUGGAUUUAAAGACAGUGUUGUCCUUCCCACCGUACCCAGGGGAAUUCCUCCACCCUGUUGUGUAUGCAUGCACGGCCGUCAUGUUACUGUGCCUGUUCGCCUCUAUUAUUACCUACAUCGUGCACCACAGCACAAUUCGCAUCAGUAGAAAGGGCUGGCACAUGCUUCUCAACUUAUGCUUCCACACUGCCCUUACCUUUGCCGUGUUUGCUGGAGGCAUCAACCGUAUAAAAUACCCCAUCAUCUGCCAAGCAGUUGGCAUAGUCUUGCAUUAUUCAACCCUUUCUACUAUGCUUUGGCUUGGAGUUACAGCAAGGAAUAUUUAUAAACAAGUAACAAAGAAACCCCCACAGCUGCCGGAUGGAGACCAGCCUCCUCAACCCAAGCAGUCAAUGCUAAGGUUUUAUUUAGUUAGUGGGGGGAUCCCUUUUCUUAUAUGUGGGAUCACAGCAGCUAUCAACACCAACAAUUAUGGGAGUGGAGAGGAUGCCUUAUACUGCUGGAUGGCAUGGGAGCCAAGCCUUGGUGCAUUUUACGGUCCAGUGGCAUUCAUUGUGCUUAUUACUUGCAUCUACUUCCUCUGCACAUUUAUCCAACUGAAGCGUCACCCUGAACAGAAAUAUGAACUGAAAGAAAUGACAGAGGAGCAGCAGAGAUUAGCCACUACUGAAGUAGGCCAUUGUCACAUGACAGCUUCAGGGUCAUUGUCACAGGCCACUUGCUCAAUGAUUUCUGCGUCAAUGUUGGAAAACGAGCAUUCAUUUAAAGCUCAGCUUCGAUCAGCAGCUUUUACCUUGUUUUUAUUUCUGGCCACAUGGACAUUUGGGGCUCUUGCAGUCUCUCAGGGUCAUUUCUUGGACAUGAUUUUUAGUUGUUUAUAUGGGGCUUUCUCAGUAACCUUAGGACUUUUUAUUUUGAUCCAUCACUGUGCAAAGAGAGAUGAUGUUUGGCAUUGUUGGUGGUCUUGUUGCCCAUCAAGACGCAACACUUACUUAGCGCAGGGCUACGCUCGCCCAAAGGUCAAUGUUAAUGGAGAAACACAGGUCCAUUCACAUUGUGUCCUGGAUUCUCCUUGUCCUGGAAAGGCAGUCCCAGGCUUUAACCAUUCAACCUCCGGACACUGUAAAUUAACUAACCUUCAGGCUGUCCAAAAUCAUGUCACUUGCCUUUCUCCUGUCACACCGUGCUGUGCCAACAUGCACAGCAAACAUCUCCUUGAUGAUGAGCCUCACAUUCAUGUACAUUCAGAGGAAAGCUUCAGACCCAAUAUGCACAUUCACAGAUGUCUUAAAAGCAGAACUAAACCAAGGCACUUUACUCAACACAGGACUGCUGGAGACCGGGAGUAUGCUUAUCACAUUCCUUCCAGUAUUGAUGGGAGCAUACACAGCUCACAUACAGACAGCCCACACAGCACACAUGAUGGGCAUAUGUGCCACAGGCGGGCAUGUUGUCUAAAAGGUGAACUGUUCCUUACAGCAAGCCAGCCUGAAAGCAGUGAUGCCAGCACUGUUGUGUGUGGAUGCAGUAAAAUACCCGAUGAUGACACUGUGCACCAUGCAGCUCAUUUAGAGAUGCAUCCGCGGAGACAAUCCUCUCCUCAAAACCCACUCAACCAGAAUGGAAUACUGAAGGGAAGCUUGCACGAAGGGCUCAUCUACAGUUCGGAUAGUACAGGAAAUAUAAGAACUGGCCCAUGGAAAAAUGAAACUACUGUGUAGUUCAUGGGCUUCAGUUAUACGCUACCUGCCACCACCUUUGAAAUUACUCAGCAGUCACUACAUGUACAUUUUUAUAUUGCAUAUGUGUCUGUUUACAUGUUUUUAUUGUACAAAUAUUCCACACUAUUUGUUUGUCUAACCCAGCGGUUUUCAAACUUUUUGAGCAGACGUUCACCUUUUCCUAUAAAUGUAGGUUUGAGGAGAAUAACCACGCUAAAGUCGCUGUACUUCUUCACUGUUUUAGAAACCGAAAGGUGUCACAACUAGUGGAUGUUUUAUAUAAAUGUUGCUCCUGAUAAUUACAUGAUAUUGUAAAUAUGUUGUUAAUAUUAUAAAAAAAAAAAAAAACCUACACACUUCUGCGCCCCCUCCCCCGUUUGAAAACCGCUGGUCUAGUUUCCAGUAUAUUUCAACCCUUUACUGGAAGAAUGACAAACAGCACAGAAGGUAAGAAUACAUAUAAAAUAAGGUCAUUUUUUAAAAAAAUAAAAAUUUGCGAUAAGAAGCACAUAUUUAAACAGGCAGUGUUCUCAGAAUGGCAGUGUCAAAUAAUCCUAUCAUUAUAUAUUACACAUUUUACAUAUUGGACACACCAGCAUUUUCUCUGUAUAAGGUCAUACAUAAAGUACUGUGAAACAUGAUCCAGAAAAUAAAAAGAGAAAUAAAAGAGCUUAGUAAUACUAGUGAUUCAUAGGCUUUUAGUGGUUUUUCAUAGCGGUCAGUUAUAUGUACAGAAAGAAACCCUGCCUCUUUAUGCUGCUUAGCAUGUAAAAGAUUACAUUAGGUGUUCAGUCUGUGUAACGUCUCAAUAUCCUGUUGAAAACAAGUAUUAAAUAACAUUGCAUUGUCGCUGUUAAAUCUGUGAUGCUUUAAUGGUUGUAUCUUGCAUUGCACGAGUCAGGGUAUACCAUCUGCUGUGUUCUAGUGUUACAUGUGAAAAACGGCAGCAUUGUGAAAAAAUAACUAACUGCACUAUCUAAGGUGGUACUACAUGUGUGUAAAAUCAAUGUAAAAGCUCUAUUAGAGGUCAACGAUAACAGUUGUUCAUUUUCUUAUAUAGCGCAAGCAGUGCUUGUUGUGUUUCUAGCAGUAGCUUCCAGUAAAUGAGUUCCAUGUGAGUUGAGUCAGUCUAUGCUUGGAGAAUACCUGUGCUAUUUUUAAAGGAAUAACAUGCUUUCAGUAUUUUGUUUGGCUUCAGCCAUGUCAGUAUUUAAUUUUUUUUUUUUAAGCCAUUCCGUUGAAUCUGAAAAGACAAUUUUUCAAAUGAAUUAUCACAGUUGUUUACACUUUCUGGGUGGAUGUUAAUUGUUUCUGCUGUGUUAGUGAAUAAACGCUAGAGAUUAGAAGAGAUUCAGCUGUCAUAUUUGCAUGGUCAGGAAAAGGUAAUUAUUUAUGAGUGAAUGAGGAAAGGAACCAUGCUAGGGGAGGUAAGUUUUAGUUGUCCCAUUAAUUUGAUUUAGCAUGAUAAUGAACAUGUUCCUAUAUCAUGUAGAUAUAAUCAGUUUUAAUAAAUAGAUUUUUGUAUAAACAUGAGAUAUUAUUUAAUUUAAAAAAAAAAAUGUAAAACACAAAUGUCAUAUAAUAGAACUAAACCCAAAGGGGUAUGCUCAGUAUCUGAGUAAAACACUUUUUUUUUUUCCUUGUAGAUUUGUUAAAUCUUGACAUACAUUGUAAAAUGUCCCAUUACAUAUUGUAUACAUUCUUCUCUGUUUUUCCCAUGGUUACAAAUAUAUAAAGCCUGCUUACUGAUGCCAAUGGAAGAAUAUCUGGGGGGUUUUUAUGCAUAUUGUACAUUUUGAAACUAUCUUAAAAGCAAAAUAAGAUUGUUUUAGGUGUGAAUUUCAGUGUUUUGUAUUCUAAGCCAUUUUGUCAUCAGACUUUGCACCACUGUGCUGUAGAGCUAGUCAGAAAUCUGGCAUAAGGAUGAAGCAGUGGUACUGUAACAAAUCCCAAAGUCAGUUUUCCACUUUUCUACAACUUCACUGAUUCCAAUAAAUGUAUUUUUUCACCAUAUGCAAAUAC